CCGGAGAGGGCGCGGUCGGGGAGGAGACCGUGCCCCAGCCUGGAUAGGAGCCCUAGGUCUGGGCGGCAAGCGGGGUGCCCUGUGGCAGGCGAACUGGGGUGCGUCCUUUCGGAGGGCACUCUGCGAUGACCCCGCCGCGGAGCUGAGGCUGCGACCCGAAAGCCCUCCGCGCCCUCGCCAUGCAGAAAAGUGUGCGCUACAACGAGGGGCACGCCCUGUACCUGGCCUUCCUGGCGCGCAAGGAGGGCACCAAGCGCGGUUUCCUGAGCAAAAAGGCUGCCGAGGCGAGCCGCUGGCACGAGAAGUGGUUCGCUCUCUAUCAGAAUGUGCUCUUUUACUUCGAAGGCGAACAGAGCGGCCGCCCAGCGGGCAUGUACCUCCUAGAGGGCUGCAGCUGUGAGCGGACGCCCGCCCCACCAAGGACCAACGCAGGACCCGCAGGCGCCCGGGACGCGCUGGACAAACAGUAUUACUUCACUGUCCUUUUUGGUCACGAAGGUCAGAAACCACUGGAGCUGCGCUGUGAGGAGGAGCAAGCAGGGAAAGAGUGGAUGGAGGCCAUUCACCAAGCCAGUUACGCAGACAUUUUGAUUGAGAGGGAAGUGUUAAUGCAAAAGUACAUUCAUCUAGUUCAGAUUGUGGAGACAGAAAAAAUUGCUGCUAACCAACUCCGACAUCAACUCGAAGAUCAAGAUACCGAAAUUGAAAGACUUAAAUCAGAGAUUGUUGCUCUUAAUAAGACCAAGGAACGGAUGCGCCCGUAUCAUACCCAUCAAGAGGAGGAGGAUCCAGACAUCAAGAAGAUCAAGAAGGUUCAGAGCUUCAUGAGAGGGUGGCUGUGCAGGAGGAAGUGGAAGACCAUCGUGCAGGACUACAUUUGUUCUCCCCAUGCCGAGAGCAUGAGGAAGAGGAACCAGAUCGUCUUCACGAUGGUGGAGGCCGAGUCAGAGUAUGUGCACCAGCUCUACAUCCUGGUGAACGGUUUCCUCAGGCCUCUGCGCAUGGCAGCCAGCUCCAAGAAGCCCCCCAUUAGCCACGAUGAUGUCAGCAGCAUUUUCCUCAACAGUGAAACAAUCAUGUUUCUUCAUGAAAUAUUCCAUCAAGGUCUAAAGGCAAGGCUGGCAAAUUGGCCCACUUUGGUUUUAGCUGAUCUCUUUGAUAUUUUGCUGCCUAUGCUCAACAUUUAUCAAGAAUUUGUGCGUAAUCAUCAGUACAGCCUCCAAGUACUUGCCAACUGUAAGCAAAAUAGAGAUUUUGACAAGCUCUUAAAGCAGUAUGAAGGCAACCCUGCCUGUGAGGGAAGGAUGCUGGAGACAUUCUUGACCUACCCUAUGUUUCAGAUCCCCAGGUAUAUCAUCACGCUGCACGAACUCCUGGCUCACACCCCCCAUGAACACGUGGAGAGGAAAAGUCUGGAGUUCGCUAAGUCAAAGCUGGAGGAACUGUCCAGAGUGAUGCACGACGAAGUCAGCGACACCGAGAACAUACGGAAAAAUCUCGCCAUUGAGAGGAUGAUCGUGGAGGGCUGCGACAUUUUGCUAGACACCAGUCAGACUUUCAUCCGACAAGGUUCUCUUAUCCAAGUACCUUCUGUGGAGAGGGGGAAACUCAGUAAAGUCCGCCUGGGCUCCCUGUCUUUGAAAAAGGAAGGCGAGAGACAAUGUUUCUUAUUCACGAAGCACUUUCUGAUCUGUACCCGAAGUUCAGGAGGAAAGCUUCAUUUGCUCAAGACAGGUGGGGUUCUCUCCCUCAUUCAGUGUACGUUGAUCGAGGAGCCGGACACAAGUGAUGAUGACACCAAAGGUCCUGGUCACAUGUUCGGACAUCUGGAUUUUAAAAUCGCCGUGGAGCCUCCUGACGCUGCCCCGUUCACUGUGGUCUUGCUAGCACCUUCGCGCCAGGAGAAGGCUGCGUGGAUGAGUGACAUCAGCCAGUGCGUGGACAACAUCCGAUGCAAUGGAUUGAUGACUAUAGUCUUCGAAGAGAAUUCUAAAGUUACUGUGCCCCAUAUGAUAAAGUCUGAUGCCCGUCUUCAUAAAGACGACACUGACAUCUGUUUCAGUAAAACACUCAAUUCCUGCAAAGUGCCCCAGAUCCGCUACGCCAGCGUGGAGCGCCUCUUGGAGCGGUUGACGGAUUUGCGGUUUCUGAGCAUCGAUUUCCUCAACACCUUCCUGCACACCUACCGCAUUUUCACCACGGCUGCCGUAGUGCUGGGGAAGCUCUCCGACAUCUACAAGAGGCCUUUCACCUCCAUUCCUGUCAGAUCACUAGAGUUAUUUUUUGCCACGAGCCAGAACAACAGAGAACAUUUGGUCGAUGGAAAAUCCCCACGUCUUUGUCGCAAGUUCUCUUCCCCACCUCCCCUGGCUGUAUCCAGAACGUCCUCCCCAGUGAGGGCCAGAAAGCUGUCUUUGACAUCUUCCUUGAACUCAAGGAUCGGAACCUUGGACCUGACUACAUCCUCAUCUUCCAGUAGUCCCACCACUGUCCACAGUCCUGCUGCAUCCCCACCACCUCACACUGCUGUCCCAGAGUCUGCACCAGCCGACCGAGCGGGAGACUCCACAGACAUGUCACCUUGUAGAUCUCCCUCAACCACUCCCCGGCACCUCCGAUAUCGCCAGCCUGGAGGACAGGUAGCUGACAGCACCCACUGCCCUGUUUCACCUGCUUCUGCCUUUGCGAUCGCCACAGCUGCAGCAGGACAUGGGAGUCCGCCAGGAUUUAACAACGAGAGAACAUGUGACAAGGAGUUCAUCAUACGGAGAACAGCCACCAAUCGAGUCCUGAAUGUCCUCCGCCACUGGGUUUCAAAGCAUGCACAGGAUUUUGAACUCAAUAAUGAACUCAAAAUGAAUGUUCUGAACUUGCUAGAAGAAGUUCUACGAGACCCGGACCUUCUUCCUCAAGAAAGGAAAGCCACUACGAACAUCCUGAGGGCUCUUUCACAAGAUGAUCAAGAUGACAUCCACCUAAAAUUAGAGGAUAUAAUUCAAAUGACAGACUGUCCAAAGGCCGAGUGCUUUGAGACAUUGUCAGCCAUGGAGCUGGCUGAGCAGAUCACUCUCCUGGACCACAUUGUUUUCAGAAGCAUCCCCUAUGAAGAGUUUCUUGGCAGGGCUGGAUGA